UGACAAGAUGAUUUUACACGAGAAAAUAAAAUAUCUUAUAAGAUUAAGAAAUGACGGUAGUACAGAUAAGACUGAGAUAUACUAUACCGAGACGAACUACAAUGCAUAAAUUAAUCUUAGAAAGUUUAUGUUAUUUUGAAUCGAAAAAGAGAACUUAUCUUUUAUCGGCGAAAUUAGAGAGAUACAUGGUGACAUUAAAUGUUAUCAUUACCGAUUAUUAAAGUCAGUGUGUUUCCGCCUGUCGACGAAGAUUGGUGUGGGGAAUUGUACAACAAAGGCUUGCAAAGGAAAGCAGUCACCUUCGAAAUUCUAAUUGUUUUGUAAACGUGACUAUCAUAACGUUAGUUCUGCUUGCUAAAAUCUGCUUUCAUAUUUCUUGAUACAUACAGACAAAUUUCGUUCAUUAAAUAAAAAUAAAAAAGAAAGUAGAAAAGAUUUAUUUAUUAAAAAAGUGUCACGAGAAAAUUUGAUCGAACGAAUGUAUAAGAGGAUCGUUUUACCGGUAAAAUGCAAUUACUCAUCAGUCCAAUCGUCGUCAAACGAAAAAUCAAUAAAUGACGAUGAUAUAAAAGUUAAAGAUAGAAAAAUAAUGUGACCAUUUAUGUUUAACAAGAAAACACAUUGCCAGCUCGAUAAGGAUCUUUUUGGAUUUGGAUUUUCCAUUCGAAGACCUAAUUCUUUUCACUUUCAAGUAUUAUUGACGUUACCAAUUCUUAAGUUAAAAUGAGAAAAACAGAGUGACGUUUUCGAAGAAUCAAAUUUUGUCCUAUCGUCGUCAUUGUGAUAUAUAGGAAAGUUUUUCUGCCAAGAUGGAUUGUACAAAAACAAUUUUUAACGAAAACGAUUUUUGGAACAAGGAUAUGAAAAAUAUAACGGAAGAAGAGUAUCUUAAUGAAAUAUUAGGUCCAAAAUAUCUUCCUAUGAACAUGGUAUUGCCUCUAACUACCGUUUAUGUGGCAAUCUUUGUGUCAGGAAUUUUUGGUAAUAUCGCCACUUGUACAGUUAUAAUAAAAAAUGCAUCGAUGCAAACUUCAACGAACUACUACCUCUUCAAUUUGGCUAUUUCCGACCUGACUCUACUUAUACUCGGUUUGCCGAAUGAGCUUAGCGUAUUCUGGCAACAAUAUCCUUGGACUUUGGGAGUUGCACUUUGCAAAAUUAGAGCAUACGUGUCCGAAAUGUCUUCUUACGUGUCGGUUCUCACGAUAGUGGCUUUCUCGAUGGAACGAUAUUUUGCCAUUUGUCAUCCCCUUCAUGUUUAUACUAUGAGUGGACUGAAAAGACCAAUACGCUUCAUUUUCGCCACAUGGUUUAUAGCUUUAGUAUCAGCGAUACCGUUCGCCAUUUAUACUAAAGUCAACUUUGUCGAGUACCCUCCAGAAUCAGGAAAUUACUCUACCGAUUCGGCGAUCUGUGCGAUACUAUCAACUAACAUGCCGAAUUUUCCACUCUACGAGAUAAGCUGCAUCAUCUUUUUCUUUUUACCGAUGCUUGUUAUUCUCGUUGUUUACACAAGGAUGGGUUUGGAAAUAAAAAGGAGUAUGAAACGUAUAGCGGGGCCGAUCGUUCACAGCUCGAUUCACGGAGAAACGCGACAGGUUCAAUCGAGGAAAUCCACCAUCAGGAUGUUAAGUGUCGUCGUUAUCAUGUUCUUUCUCUGUUGGGCACCCUUUCAUACUCAGAGAUUGCUCUACGUUUAUGCAAAGGAUUGUGAUUAUUAUCCUGACUUAAACGAAUGGCUUUAUAUUUUGAGCGGAUGCCUUUAUUACUUCAGUACCACGGUAAAUCCAAUUCUGUACAAUAUGAUGAGCGUAAAGUACAGAGAAGCUUUUAAACAAACGAUUUGCUGUAAACGGAAAUUAAGGAAAAGAUGGACCGUCACACCACCCGAUCUUUGUCGAUGCGAAUCUAACGAAGAGGCUCAUCUACCACGUUUUAUAUGCUCUAUGAGAUUCGGCCAAGCAAAAAAAGUCUUUCGAUUUUCCUCGAAUCGAGAUCGAAUUGCUCGAGAUGGGUCUAUGUGUGAUCGUUACGGUGAAAUUCAGAAGAUUAGAAAUCAGGAUUCAUCCAAAUCUCUUCUGAAUAAUAACGGACAUCCUGUUAUGCAAGAACGAAGCAGUGAGGAAAGUACAGCAUCGAAAGAGAUAGUGAAAGAAUCGAUCUCAACGGCUAGUAGUAACCUCUAAUAAAGACAAUGACCGUGUAUUUUAAUAAUCAGCGAAGAUCCUAAUUUUUCUCUUUACUUGAAGCUACUAAAAGAAAAAUCUUGUUAAUUUUAUAUAUAUAUAUAUACAUGCGCAUAAAAAGUUGGUAUUUGUUAUUUUUUCUUUUAGUUCUUUGUAUAUUUUGUUAAUGAUAUUAUCGAAAAUUUUUAAGUACAAAAGUGAGUCAGUAUUGAUAAGCGAAAUGUGUAACUUUUUUUUUUAAUAAAUCGA